AUAGUGAUGGCUACAUCUAGAUUGGAUUAUAUUAGUGUUGGAUGCAAUUCUAUUAGUGAUUGUAUUGCAUGGGGUAGAAAUGGUUUGGUUGCUUAUGGUGCCAACAACUUUGUAGCAUUGAUGCGACCUGAUUCAUAUCAGCGUUCACAAGUAAUUGCAACAUUGCCCGGUCACAAGGAUCGUGUCAAUCACGUUGUCUGGGUGCCUGGCUCAUGCGGCCACUCCUCCACACCCGCGCCUGAAUGCGAACUGAUCUCUGCCUCAUCCGAUCACUCACUCAUUUCAUGGCGAAGAUACGAGAAGACAGAGGUACUCAAGUCACAUACAGAUAGUGUCACAUCAUGCUCGGUAGUUCGAUUCCCUGAUGGAACAUUGUUGAUGAGUUCGACAUCUGGUGAUGGUACAGUCAAGAUAUGGAAGAGAGAUGCUCUCCCAACCCCAGCAACUGCAGAGAUACCCAAGUGGACAGUGAUACAGACAAUAGAGUUCAAGCCCAAGAUGAUGGAGUGUUGCAGUCUGGCCUUCUUGCCAGGCACUGACAACAUACCAAUACUCGCACUUGGUGGCGUCGAGUCAAAGAUACACAUAUUCGUUCAAUACCCUGCGACUACGACUACAACUGCGACAGAGGGCGAGGGCAGCAGCAGCAGCCAACCUGCAACAUACAUCAAGGCCAUGGACACACCAUUCCGAAAGGUUGUUGCACUUCAAGGACAUCAGGACGAGCUACUCCUCGCCUCGUCCUCACAGGACAACAAGAUCAGACUGUGGAAGGUGUCCAAGCAGGUGGCGAUCGAACAGAAGCAGGACAGCAGCACUGACGACAACAUAGAGAAGACUGCAUCUGAUGUAGUGUUGGCACUGGCUUCAACAGCCCUGAGCACCAAGGCACACAAGUUCAAUGUUGGACAGUCGAGAGUUAUGAUACAGCUCGAGGCCGUGCUCUCGGGUCACGAGGACUGGGUGCAAUCAAUCAAUUGGAUGCCCGCGACUUAUGACAACGAGACAAAGGCGAUGCAUCAGGACAUGUGUCUCAUCUCAGCGUCAAUGGACAAGACAAUGAUCGUGUGGCGCCCCGAGAAGACGUCUGGAAUCUGGAUGGACGAGGUGCGUGUCGGUGACCUGGGUGGCAACAUCCUCGGUCUGUACGGUGGUGUGUUCUCUCCCACUGGCGAGUACAUCCUGUCGCACGGCUACAACGGUGCGUUCCAUCUCUGGCGCCAGUCGUCGUCGUUCAAGAUGUGGGAGCCACAGAUUAUACCAAGCGGUCACUUUGCCGCCGUGCAGGAUCUGAUGUGGAGCCCCGACUUCAACUACUUCAUCACAGCCAGCUCGGACAGGACACUCAGGCUCUAUGCCGAAUGGCUCCGCGACGUCGAAGAUGACAACAACAACGUGGCCACACUCAAGUCCUGGAACGAGAUUGCUCGUCCCCAGAUCCAUGGCUACGACCUCGAGUGUUUCUCAUUCAUCCACACCAAGAACCAUGCAGUCGUGUCUGGUGCAGAGGAAAAGAUAUUGAGAGUAUUCCUUGGAUCACAGAACUUCAUUGAUACAUUGUCAAACAUUACAAAGAUCAAGUAUGAGAAUGAUGGACAGCAGAGACCAUUGGCAGCCAAUCAACCAUCACUGGGCCUUUCAAACAAGCCAUUCUUCUCUGCUGAGCAGCAACAGGGUGACGAUGGCACCCCAACGACAGAGUUUGCCGCACAGAUGGCCGCAGAGGACAACGAAGCAUUGGGCGAGGGCGGCUUUGAGGAACAAGUCUACUUCAACCCCGAGGUCCUGGAUCAGCCCCCAUUCGAGGAGCAUCUGCUCCAAUCAUCUCUGUGGCCAGAGAUCCAGAAGCUGUAUGGCCACGGCAAUGAGAUCAUAUCAGUGGCAUGCAGCUACGACGGAAAGUACCUGGCGUCGACGUGUCGCGCAUCCUCUGCCGACCAGGCCACCGUCAGAAUAUGGGACGUGGCCACAUGGAAGGAGGUGGCCAAUCUCAAGGGGCACACACUCACCGUGGUCCAACUGGCAUUCUCACACGACAACAGAUACCUGCUUGGUGUCUCGAGAGACCGCAUGUGGACACUGUGGCAGCGACAAGACAACAGCGAGGAGCCAUUUGUCAAGGUGGCCUCAGUGCCCAAGUCACACGGACGUAUCGUCUGGGGCUGCUCAUGGUCGCACGACGAUCGAUUCUUUGUCACUGGCUCGCGAGACAAGGUGGUCAAGAUAUGGAGCAAUGGCACCAAGGAGAAGCCUGGCUGGAGCACAUACGCCACACUGCCAACAUUUGAGUCUGGUGUCACUGCAACAGAGUUUGCUCCAAGACAGCCCCACUCUGACAACAGCUAUCUCCUGGCCGUUGGCGAAGAAGAUGGAAAGAUCACCAUCUGGCGAGGAGAUCAACAGCCAGAUGUCAACGUACCAAUCGACUGGAAAUGUAUACACACAAUCGCAACAAGUCUAUCACACACAUCCGAUGUCCGUAGGAUCAGGUGGCGAGCCAAUCCAGAGACAUUGUCCAAUGGCCAGACUCAAUGGCAGUUAGCAACAUGUAGCACUGAUCAAUCAGUUCGUCUAUUCACUCUGUCAAUA